UAUGGAUGAGACCAAGUUUUCAUACACCUGUGGAGUGAGCGCUGUCUGUUUCUAUCAAUCACUUCCGAAAAGAACGUUGUCCUUUUAAAAUCGCUUUCUGCAGUGGAAAUUCGUGAAUCUUUAAAAUCGAAUACGGAUACAGCUAAAAUCAAGCUUGGAACAGCUGUUUGGAGUCACCAGACGUAUUCUUCAUGGAGCCUCCCACGACAAAUGGUACUGAUGCCACAAUUCUUAACAUACCGGUAACGAACGGUCACAGCAAAAUGUCGCAGGACGAUGACAGCGAUUACGUUCCAUCAGUCAACAAUAUUCCCGAAAAGACUGCCAGUGAUGAAACGAGCAAGAGCAAACUCAAAGGCUGCCUCGGGGAGAAUCUUCUAACAGUCGCCACACUCAUUGGUGUCCUAGCUGGUAUAGGACUUGGGUUCGGUCUGAAAAAUGCCAGAGAAUGGUCGAAACGAGAGGUUAUGUACGUUAGUUUCCCCGGUGAACUUUUUCUCAACAUGCUGAAAUGUCUCAUUUUGCCUCUAAUCGUUUCUAGUCUAGUACAAGCCGUUGGCAGCUUAGACACGAAGCUUACAGGUAAAAUAGGCUUUAGAGCCGUCGCCUAUUAUAUGUUAACGACAUUGUCCGCAAUAAUUUUGGGUAUUAUUCUCGUCGUCUCUAUAAGGCCAGGAGCUGGUGGUUCAGUCAGUAUUCAAGAUGCAAUUGAACAGAGGCCUGCUCUUAUAGAAGAUACACUCAUGGAUCUCGUAAGGAAUAUGUUUCCACCUAAUAUUCUUGAAGCCUGCCUCAGACAAUACUCUACAAUAUUAAUAAAGCCAGAGAAUAUGACAAACGACACUGGAAAUCUACGCGAAUGGGCGUGGGAAGGUAAGAUGGUAGGACAGACGAACAUUUUGGGAGUCGUCGUGGCUGCCGUUGUGUUGGGCAUAACUCUUGGAAAAAUGGGCAAGAAAGGAAAACCUCUUCUCGACCUCUUCACCUCCCUGGGUGAAGCCAUAAUGAUUAUUACCAGAUGUGUGAUUUGGUUAUCACCACUAGGUGUACUGUUUCUCGUUGCUAGCAAAAUCAUGGAAAUGGAGGACCUUGCUCUGAUCGCUGGUCAAGUGGGUAUGUACUCCGUGACGGUUCUCGCAGGUAUUCUUAUCCAUGGCUUCAUCGUCCUGCCGCUCAUCUACUUCGUUCUAGUGAGGAAGAAUCCUUUGACUUUCAUGAUCAGGAUGGGACAAGCAUUAGCAACUGCCUUCGGGACUGCUUCAAGCUCAGCUACUUUACCCAUUACACUUCAGUGUCUCGAGGAUAAAAACUACGUCGAUCCCAGAGUUACUCGAUUCUGUGUGCCCAUCGGAGCUACCAUUAAUAUGGAUGGAACGGCCCUGUAUGAGGCUGUGGCAGCAAUCUUCGUCGCACAGGUUAGGGGAAUCUCUCUGAACGUGGGCAACAUCAUCGCCAUUAGUAUCACCGCCACAGCUGCCAGCAUAGGUGCAGCUGGUAUACCGCAAGCCGGACUGGUGACCAUGGUGAUGGUGCUCAACGUCAUUGGCUUACCAGCUGAAGAUGUUGCUCUUAUUCUUGUCGUUGAUUGGAUAUUGGACAGGUUCAGGACGACCAUCAAUGUUUUAGGUGACGCUUACGGAUCUGGAAUUGUAGCACAUCUCAGCCAAAAGGACCUCGAAGAAAUCAACUUGGAUGAGCUCAAUAUGGAAAUGACAACACUAUAAAACUGAAAAUCAAUAUCAUGUGAACUGUCAAACAUUUUGGUGUACCGGUGCACACCAUUGCUACCCGACUUUUUCUGAAUUCGAGUGCUAUUUAUUCGCUUCUAUUGAGUCAGGAACUCUAGGUUUCUGAACAGGGCGGGUCAUUUUUUCAUUCUCGUAGACUCUCAUAGAUAACUGAAAUGUAGACUGCACAUCACCCUGAACGUGGGUACUUCAUGGGCGUGCUUUUAUUAUUCGUGCACAUGAGUGCUGAUUCUUUGCAUGCCCGAGGACUAAGAAAAGUAAUUCGCUGGCGAGUUCGGAUUGAUAAUUUUUUUUUAAUUUUCCAU